AUGGAUAACAGCUCCCAUCUUCCCCUAGCUCCUAAUGGGCAAUUAUACGCGAACUUACCACCUGUCUCUACGUUUUUCAUUUCAAAUCCGUCAGCUUUCCAUCCUUACGAGCCUCCUGCGUAUGAGCCUUAUGGGUGGUUCACGGAGUGCACAACACCAGCGUUUACUGAAACAUACAACUCAACCUAUUCGCCGCAGGACCACAUUGAUCUACCAAGACCUAAACCGCUAUACCCAACGGCGUAUCACGGCUUUAUACCCGCUGAUCCGGAAGACAAUCGAACGUCUUUUCUUCCGAGGAUUCCUUCUCUACCCACAAAGGAGUCCACCUUUGGACAUCUGGUUUCCGAAGUUGAAGCGAAAGAGGUAGUUGAAGUAGAUCUCAAGAAGGAGGAGCCGAAAAUUGAUACGUGUGUAGAGGAACAUACAAUUGACGUCCUGAUCGCUAAUUCUGUUCCGCAUAAGUAUUUCCCAGCAGUCCUUGUGCAAUCUAUGGGCAAAUCUCGCCCGUUUCUUCUCUACAACGCCCCAGGAACAGAUCGUUGCUAUACUUUCACACAUAUUUGCAAGGAAGGACGUUUUGACGUAUAUUUCUGCAAUGGGUGUCAUGAAGCGAAAAAGGAGGACAUUACUUUGCUUGUUCAUGGCAAUUAUUUCCAAUCGGAUCCAAGCAGACUACCUCAUGUCUGCUCACCAAAGCUGCUUAUCGAAGAGAUCUCACACUACACCAAGAGGAAGGUGAAACUGCCAUUGAAAAAGUACCUUCUCGUUCAGAAAGUUACACCCAGCACCGUUGGGAUCCUACGAAAGAGGAAAUAUGUUCGUUCGAAACCGAAAGAUCAGAAAGAUAAGGACGUGCGAUUUGCAGUCAAGAGUGACUACGGUUCAAAACUGUCUCCUUUUAUCAUUCGUGAAGUUUUAUGA